AUGGCUGUGCUGAUCUCAAACAUUCUCCGAUUCAUCAUUUCCCUGGUGGGGCUGGCAGGAAAUUCUGUGGUGCUCUGGCUCCUGACUUUCCACAUGCAGAGGAAUGCUUUCUCCGUCUACAUCCUCAACUUGGCAGGAGCUGAUUUUGUCUGUCUAUCCACCCACAUGAUAUCCUCCAUAACUCAUUUGAUCAUAGAUAUCAAACUAGACUUAGCCAUCAUGUUUCGAGUUUAUUUUAUAACAUUUGUCUUUCCCUAUGUCGUAGGCCUGAGCAUUCUCACUGCCAUUAGCACUGAGCGCUGCCUCUCUGUCCUACUGCCCAUAUGGUAUCAUUGUCAUCGCCCAAAACACAUGUCAUCUGUCGUGUGUACCCUGCUCUGGGCCCUGUCCCUUCCCUUUAUCAUCCUAAGAAUGGAGGGUGAUGGCUUAUUGUUUAGAAAAACUGAUAGAUAUUUGUGUAAUCUAAUAGAUUUCAGCAUUGCCACGUGGCUGAUUUUCUCCUUUGUGCUUCUGUUUGGGUCCAGCCUGGUGCUGCUGACCAGAUUGCUGUGCGGCUCCCAGAAGCUGAGGUUGACCAGGCUGUAUGUGACCAUCGGGCUCACAGUGCUGCUCUUCCUGCUCUGUGGACUACCCUGGGGAAUCAGUUAUUUUCUCUUAUACCGGAUGUCAAAUGUUUCUACUAUAUACACCACAAAAGAAUUUCAAGUGACCAGUGUAUUAUCCUGUGUCAACAGCUGUGCCAAUCCCAUCAUUUACUUCUUUGUUGGCUCUUAUAGGCAGCAGCAAAGACAGCAAAGAAAGAGCCUCAAAGUAAUUCUGCAGAGAGCUUUGCAGGAUGCUCCUGAGGAGGAUGGAAUCCAAGGCAGCCCUCCUCAGGAGUCCCUGGAGAUGUCAGGAAAUACUCAUGGAACUAACUCAAUCAAAAUGUAG